GGUGGAUUUGACCGUCUCAUCAAUAACCGAAGAUGAUGAUGUUUGUAUGAUACGAGAUUCUCGGCUGCCAGACUCUUUGACUCUUUUCAUGCUCUCUAUAACUCACCUUGUAACACAGACAGCGUUUUAAUUUCAUCCUCUACUAACACUCUUUAACAUCUCCUGGAAGACCCCACCAAAAUGGGCAGUGUUAAGCAGGAAGUCGAGCUGCACGAUUUCGGCAACAUCUUCAGCCUUGAAGGCAAGGUCGCAGUCGUCACCGGCGGCAGUCGUGGGCUCGGGCUCAAUGUUGCAUCAGGGUUCAUGCAAGCCGGAUGCUCCAAAGUCUACAUCACCUCGAGAAAGGCAAAAGCGUGCGAGGAAGCCGUUGCUGCCCUCAAUGCCCUCCCGAACAAGAGACCUGGCGCCGUUGCCAUUUCCGUACCCGCCGACUCCUCCAAGGUAUCCGAGAUUGAGCGACUGGCGGCUGAAGUAGCCAAGACGACCGACCACGUUGACAUACUGUUUGCCAACGCCGGAGCGACAUGGGGUGCUCCUUUCGAAACACAUCCCGAAAGUGCUUUCAGCAAGGUCAUGGACCUGAAUGUCAAGAGCGUAUUCUACACCGUCCAGAAGUUCGAACCACUGUUGAGGAAAAGAGCAAGCACAAACAGCCCUAGCAGGAUCAUUGUGACCGCAAGUGUGGCCGGUCUGGGCGUGGGAACAUUGGGUGAGAAUGCCACUUAUGCUUAUAGUGCCAGCAAGGCCGCGGUUAUCCAUCUGGCAAAGAACCUUGCAGUUGAGCUGGGUCCCAGAGGCAUUGUCACGAACGCCGUCGCGCCUGGAUUUUACCCUACCAAGAUGGCUUCUGGUUUGAUGGAAUUGCAAGGAGGACAAGCAGCUCUAGCGGCCGAAGUUCCAAACAAGAGACUAGGCCAGCCCGAGGAUAUUGCUGGCCUCGUCGUCUUCUUGGCCAGCAGAGCGGCUUCUCAUAUCAACGGUGCAGUCAUUACGACUGAUGGCGGGUCGUUGCUGUCUAGAGGAAAGCUGUAAAUAUACGAUGCAAGUGUGAAUCAGAGUGUCGAGCUGUUGAACAGAAAGACUGGCCCGGUCUGGCCUAGGCGGACAGCUUCUCCAAAACUUGCAUAUACAUGGUUGGUUGCAGAGAUGUGAACCCAGAAUAAGCAUUUCUUCCUAAUCAACACUCGAGUGUACGUCUAUAUACUAUACGACAACCGCAAAUCAUGAUCCAGGAAGACUCCGUCUCGAAGGUCGGAGAUUCCUUGAUAAGACAGGAGUGCUUCUGAUCAGACAACAUCAUAUUUUGUGUCCAUAGGCUCGGUGUCCGACAUCGAGCUCAAGACCAAAGUGCCAC